GCUGCAGCAGGAUCCAGGUGUUAACACUGUACACAGGUAACAUGGCUUUCAUGAAAUGCGCACUCAGUGUAUUGAUCCUCCUGGGAGUCUCUGACUACUGCCGGGCUGAAGAGAAGGAUCUGUCAGUCUCUGAGCUCCUGUGGAGGGCCAACAAGGAUGUUGUGCAUACAGCAGAUGAGCCCUAUAUCAUUGAUGACAUUGCUUAUGACAAUGAGAAUGAAAGGAACGCUGAUCCUUGCACCUCCUACGGCUGCAUGUGGGGAAAAUCGAGCGAUGGAAAAGUCUAUGUGCCCUACAUUAUCGCCUCACAUUACUCCUCUCGUGAGCGCUCCAUCAUUGAGCGAGGUCUGCUGUCAUUCAGUGAUGUCUCCUGCAUUCGCUUUGUGCAAAGAACCAACCAGAGAGACUACCUGAGCAUCCAGUCUGUCAACGGGUGUUACUCCUAUGUUGGUCGCCGUGGGAACGCCCAGACAGUGUCUCUGGACCGUCAGGGCUGUGUUUACCACGACACUGUCCAGCAUGAACUGCUCCACGCUCUGGGCUUCAAUCACGAGCAGACACGUUCUGACCGCGACCAAUACAUCCGCGUUUUGUGGGAGAACAUCAGCGACGGAAAGGCGCACAACUUUGACAAAAUCAACACUUUGAACCAGGGAACCACCUAUGACUACGGCUCCGUCAUGCAUUACCACAAGUAUGCCUUCUCCAAGAACAACCAGCCCACUUUGGUGGCUAUCCCUGAUUCCAAUGUUGAGUUUGGAUAUGCCACUGAGAUGAGCCAGAAUGACAUCCUCAGGCUCAACAGGCUUCUGGGUGCUAAGGCUCUGUCAACUUCAGAGCGAAUUGAGAGAGCCAACAGAGAUAUUGUCCGCUCUCCUGAUGAACCCUACAUAGUGGAUGAUAUUGCGUACGGCUCCGAGGCUGAGAGAAACGCUGACCCCUGCACUGCUAAUGGCUGCAUGUGGCCCAAGUCCGCUGAUGGACGUGUCUACGUACCCUACACCAUUUCCAGCGCAUACUCCGAUCGUGAGGUGUCGGUCAUCGAGCGUGCUCUGCAGUCCUUCCACGAUGGCUCUUGUAUCCGUCUUGUCAGACGCACAAAUGAGAGAGACUACCUGAACAUCCAGUCCCUUAAUGGCUGCUACUCCUACAUCGGCCGUCGUUACUACGCGCAGGAUCUGUCCCUGCAGCGAUCAGGCUGUGUUUACCACGACACUGUCCAGCAUGAACUGCUCCACGCUCUGGGCUUCAAUCACGAGCAGACACGUUCUGACCGCGACCAAUACAUCCGCGUUUUGUGGGAGAACAUCAGCGACGGAAAGGCGCACAACUUUGACAAAAUCAACACUUUGAACCAGGGAACCACCUAUGACUACGGCUCCGUCAUGCAUUACCACAAGUAUGCCUUCUCCAAGAACAACCAGCCCACUUUGGUGGCUAUCCCUGAUUCCAAUGUUGAGUUUGGAUAUGCCACUGAGAUGAGCCAGAAUGACAUCCUCAGGCUCAACAGGCUUCUGGGUGCUAAGGCUCUGUCAACUUCAGAGCGAAUUGAGAGAGCCAACAGAGAUAUUGUCCGCUCUCCUGAUGAACCCUACAUAGUGGAUGAUAUUGCGUACGGCUCUGAGGCUGAGAGAAACGCUGACCCCUGCACUGCUAAUGGCUGCAUGUGGCCCAAGUCCGCUGAUGGACGUGUCUACGUACCCUACACCAUUUCCAGCGCGUACUCCGAUCGUGAGGUGUCGGUCAUCGAGCGUGCUCUGCAGUCCUUCCACGAUGUCUCUUGUAUCCGUCUUGUCAGACGCACAAAUGAGAGAGACUACCUGAACAUCCAGUCCCUUAAUGGCUGCUACUCCUACAUCGGCCGUCGUUACUACGCGCAGGAUCUGUCCCUGCAGCGAUCAGGCUGUGUUUACCACGACACUGUCCAGCAUGAACUGCUCCACGCUCUGGGCUUCAAUCACGAGCAGACACGUUCUGACCGCGACCAAUACAUCCGCGUUUUGUGGGAGAACAUCAGCGACGGAAAGGCGCACAACUUUGACAAAAUCAACACUUUGAACCAGGGAACCACCUAUGACUACGGCUCCGUCAUGCAUUACCACAAGUAUGCCUUCUCCAAGAACAACCAGCCCACUUUGGUGGCUAUCCCUGAUUCCAAUGUUGAGUUUGGAUAUGCCACUGAGAUGAGCCAGAAUGACAUCCUCAGGCUCAACAGGCUAUUAUUUGUUGACAUGUUUGGGCUUAAGUGUGUUGUCGUAGCCCUGUUGGCUGUCUCUGUCUGGGCUGAAAAGGAGGCUCUGUCAACUUCAGAGCGAAUUGAGAGAGCCAACAGAGAUAUUGUCCGCUCUCCUGAUGAACCCUACAUAGUGGAUGAUAUUGCGUACGGCUCUGAGGCUGAGAGAAACGCUGACCCCUGCACUGCUAAUGGCUGCAUGUGGCCCAAGUCCGCUGAUGGACGUGUCUACGUACCCUACACCAUUUCCAGCGCGUACUCCGAUCGUGAGGUGUCGGUCAUCGAGCGUGCUCUGCAGUCCUUCCACGAUGUCUCUUGUAUCCGUCUUGUCAGACGCACAAAUGAGAGAGACUACCUGAACAUCCAGUCCCUUAAUGGCUGCUACUCCUACAUCGGCCGUCGUUACUACGCGCAGGAUCUGUCCCUGCAGCGAUCAGGCUGUGUUUACCACGACACUGUCCAGCAUGAACUGCUCCACGCUCUGGGCUUCAAUCACGAGCAGACACGUUCUGACCGCGACCAAUACAUCCGCGUUUUGUGGGAGAACAUCAGCGACGGAAUGGCGUACAACUUUGACAAAAUCAACACUUUGAACCAGGGAACCACCUAUGACUACGGCUCCGUCAUGCAUUACCACAAGUAUGCCUUCUCCAAGAACAACCAGCCCACUUUGGUGGCUAUCCCUGAUUCCAAUGUUGAGUUUGGAUAUGCCACUGAGAUGAGCCAGAAUGACAUCCUCAGGCUCAACAGGCUGUAUAAAUGCUGAACAGUCUCAGAUCUCCAACAUGAUAAAAACAAUCCAACUCAUCCUCAAAAAAGAUCAUCAUCAUCAUCAUCAUCAUUGUCCAGUCACUUGAUCAACAAAUUAAACAUUGUAAAAUUCUUCAAUAAACCUCCAUUAAAGCA